AUGGAUGCUGCCUCUGCCAGCUCUGGGCCCGACGAAGCCCUGGAUGUGGAAAGCGAGCAUCUGUGGAGGGCGGAGGAGGAAGCCGCUGAGGAAGAGAUCCGCAUGGCCGAGGAGGCAGCAGCCGAGGCAGCCGAAGAGCUUUGGAUGGCGGAAGAAGCUGCGGCCCAAGAGAUGGCAGAACUGGAAGAGUUUGCACAGGAGGCCGAGCACUGGCUGAGCGAGGAGCAGUUGCAUUACAUGGGCGACUUUUUCGAAGAAGAUGCUCUGCAAAUGGUUUCCGAUGCCGAGGACUUCGAACAAGCCAUGGAGCAAGAAGCCUUCGGCGAGGGCGAUUCCGACGAUGACCUCUCUCUCUUUGGCGACGGGCUCGGGCAGGGUGAAGACCUGACAGAUUUCAACGACUGGGGCUGGGAUCCGAACGGCACCGCACAGAUGGCAGCGGCCGGUCUAGAAAUUUCUUGCCAAGCAGCCUGGGAAGUGCCCAGAAUGCCGCUGGGUCAGGCCGAACUGUGGCACUUUGGCCCCAACGGGCCACCCAUGAACAUCAUGGAUAUCUGCCCCGUGUCACAAGCACUUUGGAUCGCCAACCAGCGCCAGCUCUUCGGCUUUUCAAUGGCUGGCCUGGAAGCCCAGGUUUCUCAGCCUCGCAUCACUGACGUGGACGUUGGUCUGGCGGGCGCAGUCUUGACCUCUUGUGCACCGGAGCUCAGCGCGCAGGCCAACCGUAUCCGAUGCGGUCAACUCGGUGGUCAGUCCGUGGUCGUUGCCGUGGACGCGCAGGGUGGUGUUUUGGUCGUGCCGUCCCCCAGCAGCCCCAGCAGACAACCGGUCCUCAAACUGCAAAAUGCCAAGAUUGGCCAAUCCUCAUCUGCUGGUGUUUCUACCUGGGGCAUUGGACUGUCUCCCCAUGGGGAGCCUGCGACAUCUGAUGGGCCCCUACUAGUGUCUGCGAACGACCACUGCGUCAAAGCAUGGUGGCUAACUCCUCCCCAAAAUGUGGAUCCGAGUAUGAUGCCAUCGUAUCCUCGAAGGGCCGAAAGGAGCUGGCAGACGAGACAGGCCAACAUGCAGCCAUCACUACUGCACUGUUUUCAAGACAAUCUUCCGAGCAUCGACGUCGCAGGGGGACGUGCGAUUCUGGGCUCCCUGGGAGGUGAGGUCAAGGUGCUCAACUUGGCACGUCCCUCCUCGGGAAGCUCCCAGGCCAAGGAGGCUCCGACUCCUCCCACCGUUGAAGAGACGAGCGCCCUGGAGGACCUCACCUCGGACAGUGCCGGCUCUUCCCGGCCCCGGCGCCCACCGAGGUUUCCCCCCGAGAACGAGCCUGCCAGCAUCAUUCGAAGCUUUGCCCCCGAAUCGGAUGGAGGGAUGAGGAGGAAAGCAUGGAAUGCAUGCUGGAUACCUCUGAGAUGUGUCCACGUCGUGGAAACACCUCCAUGCCAACAGCCAGGUGACAGUCUACUGGACUGGACUGCUGAUGGCUGCCUGCUGCCUGCAGAGAUCAUACGAUCCUUUGUUCUUCCGCUGCUUGGAGCUCAGGACCUGCUCCAGCGCGUGCAAGUGCUGAACUCUGUGCAUGCCGAAGAAGCACGGGCACAAGUCCUGUCAGGCACCCGGGCAGAGCACAUGGCCAUGAUCUUCUCUGAGACCACAGUUUGGCUUACUGAUGGCUGCCUGAGCAUGCGCUGCAAGCAAUCGCUUCCAUUCAAUGGUGCUUUUGCACACGCCGUGUACAUGCCCGGUUUGUCCACCGUCGUUGUGUCAACCAAAAUGGAUUCGGUCGCCAGGAUGCUGUGGGCUGUGACAGUUCUGAGACGGAAGCGCUCGCUGCGAUUUGAACUGCGGGUGACUCCACUUGAAGUUGAGCGUGGCCUACGUUCCAUGCCAUGGCCUCGCAACAUCAUUGUGGGCAUGGCGGCUGCUCCCCGGAACCGACUCUUCGUGCUGCACAGCGGAAGCCGGCUGAUUUGUUACAACCUUGACCUGGCGAAGCGUGAGCCUGUCGCCGGCACCGGUGCCGACAAUGAUUCUUUGGGCCCAUAG